AUGAUCUGUGACGGUGGCGAGCUGAUGUGCUACUCGGCAAAGAUCCCCCACGAGGACGGUGCGCUGCUGAUCAAGAACGAACCGCAGGACAUUCCACUGAAGAAACCAAAGCUUAUGGGCGACGUGACGUCGCUGUAUCACAGCAGCAGCAGCAGCAGCAACCGGCUGCAGCCCCAGCACGUCAUCGGCUCGCAGCAGCACCACCUGUCCCAGCAGCACCACCAGCAGACGAGCUCGGCGUUCCGUCCGUGGGCCGCGCAGAAGGCGCAGAAGUACGCCCAGCAACAGCAGCAGCUAAUCCUGCAGCAGAUGGCGGUAGCGGCCGCCGCCGCCAACGGGAGCCCGUACGUCAAUGGCACGACCACCCUCGUCAACGGCACCGUCGUCCGGACAACGUCACCCGGCGGCACGAUCCUAGCGCUCAGCCAGGAGCCGCCGCUGCUGCAGAACCCGGAAAAUGUGGUCCCCAUGUCGGAGACGGACAAGUUCGAGCGAUCGUACCAACCGAACGUGGCGCUGGCACCCCGCAAGUCGAUCCUCUGCAAAGAAUCGUCCUCCUCGACGUCAUUCUCGUCGGUGUCGGCGUCGGCGUCGGCGUCGGUGGUGCAGCCACCGCAUCCACGGGACCACGACAACAAGGAGCAGCGUUCGGUGAUAAAGUGUGAAGUACAAAUCAAGCAGGAAAAUCCUCCGACUCCGCCACCGCAGCCGCCUCUGCUGCCGUCGGCUGCGGCAGCCAGUGAGACGGCCACGAUCGUGCGGUCGGUGAUCAAGUGCGACGUGCAGAUCAAGCAGGAGCGACCGGGCACGCCACCGCCGGGCAGCCACCUGGACGGCAGCCCACCGCCACCCGCCGCGCACAUUCCGGUCGCCGGAUCGUCGUCUUGUUCGUCGCCACCGCCACCACCACCACCUCAAGUUCGGCCAACGCCAACCGGGAUCGCCAUCAGUACAAUCAUCGCCAAGCAGCAGCAGCGCCACGUGCUCAUCUCCUCGAUGGCUCCGUACGCUAGCAGCGGGGGGAGCAGCGGCAGCCAAAGCAACAGCCCGGUAACGGUCCCGCAGCCGGACGGACACUCCGGGUCGAACGAGAUCACCUCGUCCACUUCGCCGUUGCCUCCGCCGAUCAACAUGAGUGCGAUCGCGACGAUGAACGGUGGCUCGCGGACGGUGUUGGGCGACAAGCAUACGAAGCUGGUACUGAUCAAGGAACCCCUCAGUCCGCCACUGGCCGAUCGGACGAGUCCGCUUUCGUUGCGGCACUCGCCCGGUAACCACGUGCUUCACCAGCAACAGCAGCAACAGCGGCAGUCACCACCAUCGCCACCUCACCACGUUGCGGAGCACCAUCCACCGGUGUACCUGCACCACCAUCCGCACCAUCACCCGCCGCACCAUCACCACCUCCACCAGCAGCAGCAGCAGCAGCAGCAGAGCCUCAUGCUGCACCAUCGAUCUCACCACGGGCCGCCGGCAGUGGCGGCGGCCGUGUCGAUCAUCCACAAGAAUGGCGUGCCCGUCGUGGGCAAUUCCGAGUUCGAGCUGUCGACCGACACGGACGACGACAGUCAGGCGGGCGAACCGGACAGCAGCAACGGGGCGUCGCCGAUCGAGCUGAUCAGCGAGGUGCUGAAGGACGUGGAACCGAAAACCCGGCAGCAGAUCCUGGACCUGUUCAAGGUGCUGGUCCAGGAGAACCGAAUGGUCGCGCUGGAGAACCAGCGGUUGCAGCUGGACAGUCGCGCCAAGGACGACCAGCUACUGGAGCUGCACCGCCAGAAGGACGACCACCAGCAGCAACUGGCCCACCUGCAACAGGAGCUGAACCGGGCGGUGCUGAAGAUCGAGGCGCUACGUUUGCACAGCCAGCAGUUGCAGUUGCUGCAGCAGCAGCAGAAGCACAGCGACGAGCGCGUGGUGGAGCUCAUGCUUGGCGCAGGGGGUGGUGGUGGCGAGUCCAGCACGUCCUCGUCCACACCUCCGUCGCCACUGUCGCUCGUCAGCAACGGAAGCAGCGGCACGGCCAGCCAGUGCCAGCUGCUCGAAAGGCGGAACAGUUUUCCGGAAAAGUCGGAAAUCAUCAUGAAACCGCUGAAAAAGUUGCUUCGCCGCAGCCCGGACGAUACGGCUCAGGCGACGGCUACGGUGCUGAUGUUGGCAUCUCCACCGGCACCGUCGGCCAGCAGCAGCACCACACCCUUGCCACCGCCAGCGCUUCUUCCUGCGGGCCUGUCAAUUACGGCUGCCACCGUUAAGGCACCGAGCCAGCACCACCUUCCGGAGACGGAAGCAGCCGACGAGGACGUCGACGCGUCGCACAUUUCGCCGCCCCCAUCGAAACACCCGCGAAAGGUGGCCCUCCUGUUGUCGUCCUCGUCCUCGUCGUCGUUGAGCGCAGCGCCACCUGUGAACGGUUCGUCGCAAUCACCAACACCACCACCACCACAACCACCACCAAGUGCCAGCAAUGUGCCCGAUGUUGUACCUGUAUCACCGACAACGAUAGCGGUGGCGUCCCCGACGUCCCCGAACGGAGCCUCCUUGACCAAAUGUACCAAAAACCCGUCGGCGACGGACACGACGGCGGGCGACGAAGGGCUAGCUCCUGCCCCGACGGCUGCCAACCGGCGCCCGUCAACAUCACCGAGACCCUCAUCCCGGCCAUCAUCGGGGGCUUCCGGUGGUGCGGCAUCCACCAAAGCACCAACCAUUAUCCACAGCAGCAGCAAGCCGGAUGCGGCGGUGACAGCAGCCGCGGCCAGCAACCAGGAGAACGAUUCGCCAAAUCGCACCAACGGCAACAGCAGCGACAGCAACAGCAGCACCAGCAGCACCGCCGAUAACUGA